AUUUAAAAGUAUACUCCGACAUAAUUAGAUAUACCGUAUUUUUCGCAUAAGACGCACCUAGGUUUUAGAGGCAGAAAACAAGAUAAAAAAAUAUUCUGAACCAAUGGACUGCGGACACGGUACAGGAGAUGACCAGAGACUACGGACACGGUACAGGGGAUGACCAGAGACUGCGGACACGGUACAGGAGAUGACCAGAGACUGCGGACACGGUACAGGAGAUGGCCAGAGACUGCGGACACGGUACAGGAGAUGACCAGAGACUGCGGACACAGUACAGGGAUGACCAGAGACUGCGGACACGGUACAGGA